GAAUAGUUCAUAUCCAUCCUUCACUACAGGAAGAAUCAGAAUGAUGCCACAGACUCAAACAGUUUUAGACACUAAUGACUAUUCACAAACAUUCGGGAAAUCACAGCAGAUAUUUAAAGGAGAUGGUGAAUUUGCAGAAACUGGGCAACAAUCAUUAUGUACAGAGAGUAAUUUAGUCGUCAAACAAGAAGACAAUAAUUAUGCCUUAUCUAGUGAAAUGAUUAUCCCAGAGGAUAAGCCACAAAUAUUUACUGAGUUUUCAAAGCAUUUUAAAGAAGGGAAAAGUCUGCAGUCUAGCCAAAUGAUUCAUACAAAGGAAAGACCUUUCAAACUUACAAAAUGUGAGAAAAGCUUUAGAUGGAAGUCACAUCUCCUGCAACACCACAAAAUUCACACAGAUGAAAAGCCAAACACAUGUACUGAGGGCAGCAAAUGUUUUAUAAAAAUGACAAAACUUAUAGCUCAUAAAAGGACCCACACAGGAGAGAAACCAUUCAGUUAUACAGAGUGUGGAGUACAGUUUACACAAAGGUCCAGUCUCUUAGUUCACAAUAGGAUUCACAAAGGAGAAAACCCUUUCAUAUGUACAGAAUGUUGGAAAAUGUUUGCAGACAAGUCAAGUUUCCUAACACAUCAACUUAUUCACACAGAGGAGAAACCUUUUACAUGUGCAGAGUGUGGGAUAUAUUUCACAAAAAAGAUUCAUCUUGCAUCACAUGAAAGGACCCACACAGGGGAGACACCAUUCACCUGUACUAAAUGUGGAAAACGUUUUAAACAAAAGGGUAAUCUGAAAACUCAUUACAGGAUUCACACAGGGGAUAAACCAUUCACCUGUACUAAAUGUGGAAAACGUUUUAAACAAAAAAGUAAUCUGAAAACUCAUGAAAGGAUUCACACAGGAGAAAAACCUUUCACAUGUACAGAGUGUGGAAAAGGUUUUACACAAAUGGAUGGUCUGAAAACUCAUGAAAGGAUUCACACAGGGGAAACCCCUUUCACAUGUACAGAGUGUGGAAAAAUGUUUACAACAAAGAGUAAACUGAAAAAUCAUGAAAGCAUUCACACAGGGGGAAACUAUUUUACAUGUACAGAGUGUGGAAAACAAUUUACACAAAUGUAUUGUCUGAAAACUCAUGAAAAGAUUCACACAGGGGAAAAACCUUUUAAAUGUACAGAGUGUGGAAUAUUUUUUACACGUAUGAGUAAUCUGAAACAUCAUGAAAGGAUUCACACAGGAGAAAAGCCUUUCACAUGUACAGAGUGUGGAAAAAGUUUUACACAAAUGAGUAAUCUGAAAAAUCAUAAAAGGAUUCACACAGGGGAAAAGCCUUUUACAUGUACAGAGUGUGGAAAAUGUUUUAUAGAAAAGAGUAAACUGAAAAAACAUGAAAGGAUUCACACAGGGGUAAAGCCUUUCACAUGUACAGAGUGCGGCAAAUGUUUUACAGAAAUGAGUACUCUGAAAAACCAUGAAAGGAUUCACACAGGGGAAAAGCCGUUCACAUGUACAGAGUGUGGAAAAAGUUUUACAGAAAAGAGUACUCUGAAAACUCAUGAAAGGAUUCACACAGGGGAAAAGCCUUUCACAUGUACAGAGUGUGGAAAAAGUUUUAGACAAAUGCAUUCAAUUUAUAUUCAUGAAAGGAUUCACACAGGAGAAAAACCCUUCACAUGUACAGAGUGUGGAAAAAGAUUUACACAAAUUAUUAAUCUGAAAACUCAUGAAAUGAUUCACACACUAGAAAAGCCUUUCACAUGUACAGAGUGUGGAAAAAGUUUUACACAAAAGAGUGAUCUGAAAAAGCAUGAAAGGAGUCACACAGGGGAAAAGCUGUUUACAUGUGCAGAGUGUGGAAAACGUUUUACAGAAAAGAGUAAUCUGAAAACUCAUGAAAGGAUUCACACAGGAGAAAAGCCUUUCACAUGUAAAGAGUGCGGCAAAUGUUUUACACAAAUGGAUCAUCUGAAAAGUCAUGAAAGGAUUCACACAGGAGAAAAACCCUUCACAUGUACAGAGUGUGGAAAAAGAUUUACGCAAAUUAUUAAUCUGAAAACUCAUGAAAUGAUUCACACACGAGAAAAACCUUUCACAUGUACAGAGUGUGGAAAAAGCUUUACACAAAAGAGUACUCUGAAAACUCAUGAAAGGAGCCACACAGGAGAAAAGCCCUUCGCAUGUACAGAGUGUGGGAAAAGAUUUACACAAAUUAUUAAUCUGAAAACUCAUGAAAUGAUUCACACACGAGAAAAACCUUUCACAUGUACAGAGUGUGGAAAACGUUUUACACAAAAGAGUGAUCUGAAAAAGCAUGAAAGGAGUCACACAGGGGAAAAGCUGUUUACAUGUGCAGAGUGUGGAAAACGUUUUACAGAAAAGAGUAAUCUGAAAACUCAUGAAAGGAUUCACACAGGAGAAAAGCCUUUCACAUGUAAAGAGUGCGGCAAAUGUUUUACACUAAUGGAUCAGCUGAAAACUCAUGAAAGGAGUCACACAGGAGAAAAGCCUUUCACAUGUACAGAGUGUGGAAAAUGUUUUACAGAAAAUAGUAAUCUGAAAACUCAUGAAAUGAUUCACACAGGGGAAAAGCCUUUCACAUGUACAGAGUGUGGAAAAAGCUUUACACAAAAGAGUACUCUGAAAACUCAUGAAAGGAGCCACACAGGAGAAAAACCCUUCGCAUGUACAGAGUGUGGGAAAAGAUUUACACAAAUUAUUAAUCUGAAAACUCAUGAAAUGACUCACACACAAGAAAAACCUUUCACAUGUACAGAGUGUGGAAAAAGUUUUAAACAAAAGAGUGAUCUGAAAAAGCAUGAAAGGAGUCACACAGGGGAAACGCUGUUCACAUGUACAGAGUGUGGAAAACGUUUUACAGAAAAGAGUAAUCUGAAAACUCAUGAAAGGAUUCACACAGGAGAAAAGCCUUUCACAUGUACAGAGUGUGGAAAAAGCUUUACAAACAAGAGUAAUCUGAAAAGUCAUGAACGGUUUCACACAAGAGAAAAGCCUUUCACAUGUACAGAGUGUGGAAAAUGUUUUACAGAAAAGAGUAGUCUGAAAACUCAUGAAAGGAUUCACACAGGAGAAAAACCUUUCCCAUGUACAGAGUGUGGAAAAAGUUUUACAGAAAAGAGUACUCUGAGAAAACAUGAGAGAAUUCACACAGGGGAAAAACCUUUCACAUGUACAGAGUGUGGAAAAAGUUUUAAACAAAAGAGUGGUCUGAAAAAGCAUGAAAGGAGUCAUACAGGGGAAAAGCUGUUCACAUGUACAGAGUGUGGAAAACGUUUUACAGAAAAGAGUAAUCUGAAAACUCAUGAAAGGAUUCACACAGGAGAAAAGCCUUUCACAUGUACAGAUUGUGGAAAAUGUUUUGCACAAAAGAGUAAUCUGAAAUAUCAUGAACGGUUUCACACAAGAGAAAAGCCUUUCACAUGUGCAGAGUGUGGAAAAAGUUUUACAGAAAAGAGUACUCUGAGAAAACAUGAGAGAAUUCACACAGGAGAAAAAAAAAUGUUUGACACAAAUGAGUAGUCUGAAAACUCAUGAAACGAUUCACAAGGGAAGAAACCUUUAGCAUGUUUAGAAAGUAGGGUUGCUACCUUUUGCACAGCCGAUUCCCUGACACUUUACAAAUGAGCAUGGUUGAGGAUGUGGUUAGGGGUGUGGCUUUACACUACCUUAAAGGAACAUUCCAGCCAAAAUUGGAAUCCACGUGUAUGCAUUUCAGUUUUGAGUAGAAGCAUUUUUGUAAUAUAUCUGUAUUAGAAAAAAAUGCUUCUAAUAAGUUAUAGUUGUUUCAAAAUUGUAUUUAAGUAUGCACCGUGCACCAGCAUUUUAAACACAGCACUUGCUCAGAGAGCCUAAGGUGAUUUUACCAUCUGGUAAUGACUCAAUUUGUUCAUUGCUGACAUGAUACUAGACCCACUGGUGCUAUGAGCAGCUGCAGUAUUUAAAAUGCUGGUGCACUGAGAGUAUCUAGCUAUGCUACACAUGCAUGUGCAGAGAAAAAUAUUAUCACUAAAAUAGUGAUAACUUUUACUAGAAACAUUUUUGCCAAUACGUGUUUAUUUCAAAUAUGUUUCUAUCCAAAGAUGUAAUUCAUCUGUGUAUUUAAAUUUUGACCGGAGUGUCCCUUUAAUAAAAUAUAUUUUACCAUUUUUUGGUCUGUCAUUAAAGGAUUGAGUGUUAUAAUGUUUAAUUUAAUACACAGACAGCAAGGAUAGAUGAGAGAGAGAUGAUUGAUAGAUAUAUACAGUUUGGUAGACAGAAUGACAGUAAGGUAUAUUCAUAAAAUAAUAUAUAUAUAUAUAUAUAUAUAUAGAUAUAUAUAUAUAUAUAUAUAUAUAUAUAUAUAUACACACAUACACACAUUGGUAGAUACAGACAUUUAAACAGAUGGAUAGAAAAGAUAUGCAUAAAGAGAGAGUCAGAUAUAUACAUAGAUACAGACUAGUAAAUAGUUGCAAACAGAUAGACCAACAGACCGAUAUAGGAAGAUAAUAGACAGAUUACAGAGAGACAGAGAGCAAGACAAAUAGACAGAAAUAGAUAGAUACACAGACAGAAAGACAGGUAUACAGGAAGAUUUAAACUGAACUUGAUGACAAAACAUUUUAUAUUAACAAAGAAAUGCUUUAAAAACAUUAUGUAAAUGCUGAGACAUUUUUAUUUAGAUUUUUUUGCUGAUACAUAUUUUAUUGUUCAGAAUAAAGUGUAUAAGUAAUGCAGAUUCUAGUAAACAGACUAAGAUCUACUGUGUAACUUAGAGGACAAUUACUUCACUAGAGCUCCCUGGAUGCUACACUGAUCUGUGUAAUUUAACUCUAAACAGCCACUGACCUCUCUGCCACAUCAGUUUAUUGAGGCUCCGUGUGUGACAGAUAACUGCUGUUCCAAGGUGCCUGCACAUGGAUAAGUUUGGCUGCUGUUAGUCAGCUCAGAUUACCCGAAAUUCCUGACUUCACAGUUGCCUUUGCUCCCUGUAGACUUUCUGCUUGAUUUAUGAGUAACGCACCCCUUCCUCCUGCAUCUGCUUCACACACAAAGUGUGAACAGAUUUCUGAUGAUCUGUGUGCAGCCUACACUGUCCGGGUGGCAACCCUAUCUGAAACCCGGACACAUAACUCAAAAUGAUUUGAAACCCAGACUUUGCAGGUGAAACCCGGACGGGUGGCAACCCUAUUAGAAAGUGGAAAAAAGGUUUUUAUUGAAAUAAGGUAUCGCAAAACACCAAAUGUCAUGGAUACCAGACAGCCAAGGCUGCCCCCACCCCUACUGCCUGCCUGACUCCUUGUCACACCAGAUUUGGCCCUUUCAUGGCUAGCGGGAUCUUGUUGUCUCUUGCUUUCUACUGCUUUGACAUGCUGUUGCAAGCCACAAGAGUUGAACCCAUACCACCUCACUCCCUCCUAUUCCUCAGUGGAUUUGGGCUCCAGGGAGCAACCACAAUCUCCCAGACCUUUUGUUUAAUUUAUUUGGUGAUGAGUACUUUGUCAGAGAAGAGCUCGUUUCUGAUCUGAGAAACCCUCCUGGGCUGGCAGGGCUCCUGGAACUCCCGUUCAGCUACCGUGACAACGGAUACUCGCCUAUCCCCUCUCAGGUUGGCUGGAACUCCUGGUCAGACACAGAAAAGCAGGACACCUGCUGAUUUUACCCCUGGUCGCUCCAGCGGCCCUUUGCCCCAGAAUGCCACUCUUUUGGGGAUUGGUAGCCCCUAGGGUGGACAAGAGGUGGAGGAAUUACCGGAGGGGAGCUCCUUUGGGAACCGGGGGUUUUGGGCAACCAUACCCCCAUAACUUCAACAGACUGUAUCUCCAGUCCCCAGUAAUGAAUCAAGCUGCUUUUUAGAAUGUGGCAUCUGGAGACUGAGAGCUUUAAAAUGACACCAUGGGAUUACCCCAAAACUGCCACCCCUUGGAUUCUGUGGAACUGUGGCUGCUAUGGAUGCGCCAGCCUGUCUGGAGGGGUGGAAAUGGUGGGAAAAUUGUGGGAUUGUCCAGUGUCUUAUCAACAUGAGUAUAAAAGGAGUGUGUGUUUUCCAAUAAAAUCAGUUCUUGUUACACCUGAA